GAACAAACUGCAGACCAAGAAAGUAACUGCCAGGUUUGGGUUUUUGGCUCCUUGUCUUCCUCUCAAGGCUUCAGAACCAGCACUUCUCCUGGAGCUCGAUUUUCUUGAUGGAAGAUGGAAGAACUGAGUCAAGCCCUGGCUGGUAGCUUUUCUGUGUCUCAAGAUCUGAACAACACAGCCGCCCCACACCCCCGCCUGUCCCAGUACAAGUCCAAGUACAGUUCCUUGGAGCAGAGUGAGCGGCGGCGCCAGUUACUGGAACUGCAGAAAUUAAAGCGGCUGGAUUAUGUGAACCAUGCCAGAAGACUGGCUGAAGAUGACUGGACGGGGAUGCAGAGUGAAGAAGAAGAAGAAAAGAAAGAUGAUGAGGAAAUGGACAUUGACACUGGCAAGGAGUUACCAAAACGCUAUGCUAAUCAAUUAAUGCUCUCAGAGUGGUUAAUUGACGUCCCUUCAGAUUUGGGGCAGGAAUGGAUUGUGGUCGUGUGCCCUGUUGGAAAAAGAGCCCUUAUCGUGGCUUCCCAGGGUUCUACCAGUGCCUACACCAAGAGUGGCUACUGUGUCAACACGUUUCCUUCCCUUCUGCCAGGAGGCAACAGGCGAAACUCAACAACAGAGAAAGACUACACCAUCCUGGACUGCAUUUACAGUGAGGUGAACCAGACCUACUACGUUCUGGACGUGAUGUGCUGGCGGGGACACCCGUUUUAUGACUGCCAGACUGAUUUCCGUUUCUACUGGUUGCAUUCAAAGUUACCAGAAGAAGAAGGACUGGGAGAGAAAACCAAGCUCAAUCCAUUUAAAUUUGUGGGACUGAAGAAUUUCCCUUGUACCCCUGAGAGCCUGUGUAAGGUGCUAUCUAUGGACUUCCCUUUUGAGGUGGAUGGGCUUCUCUUCUACCACAAGCAGACCCACUACAGCCCUGGAAGCACUCCUCUGGUGGGCUGGCUGCGCCCCUACAUGGUGUCAGAUGUUCUUGGCGUAGCUGUGCCAGCCUGCCCACUGACCACCAAGCCAGAAUAUGCUGGCUACCAGCUCCAGCAGAUUAUUGAGCACAAGAAGAGCCAGAAGGAGGGCAUAAUGGGGAAGCUCACACCCAGGGCCUCUGAGAAUGGACACUAUGAGUUGGAGCACCUGUCUACCCCCAAGCUGAAGAGCCCUCCCCAGAGCCCCAAGCACUCGGAGAGCCUCAUGGAGAACUAGGCAGGGCAGCCUCCUCUGGGAGCCGCAGGAUGGUGGUUGGCUCAGAGGAAGGCUGAGGAGGUGGACAGUCACAAGAACAAAGUGACUUCAUUUUAGGGCAGACCUUUCAAAGCCAUUCCAGCUGGAAAGAGCUUGUCUCCUAUCUGAAAUGCUGGCUUUAACAGUAGGGGGAGGUUCCCACAUUGGGUGGUCUUUGGCUUGAGCAGCAACUCCUGUGAAAAUGUAUCACAGAUCCACAGUGUAAAUAUAUGUCAUU